CGCUCGCCCUGAUGACGACGCAGCAUUACUCGCGCCGGAAGUUCGCAAGUCCGCAGAGCGACGCCUUGUCCGCCUGCUGGAUGCCAGACUCAUGCCAACGAUCAUCAUUAUAUUCAUCAUGAAUUACAUCGAUGUGAGUGAGGCUCGCGCUUCAGACGAACAUCGUAUUGACAAGCGAUUGACAGCGUGUUGCCAUUACGUCCGCGAAAUUGCAAGGGUUGACUCAAGAUCUGAAUCUCACAGGUUUGUAACUCGAUCUCAUAAGUAUGUAGGGCAAUUGACGACCGACCAUGUGGUACCCAACCCUUUAGGUAUUCAAUACAACACGGUCAUCGCCGUUCUAUACGCGAGCUAUGUUCCUGCGCAGAUACCUUCGAACAUGAUCCUAAAUCGCAUCUCGAGGCCACACUACUAUAUCCCGUGCUGUGUCAUGGUAUGGGGCCUCGUGAGCGCCCUGACAGGAGUAACGCAUGACUUCACGGGUAUCAUCAUCUGCAGGAUUUUCCUUGGCCUUCCAGAGGCAGCAUUCUACCCCGGGGCGAUGUACCUACUCUCAAGAUGGUACACCCGGAAGGAACUUGCUUUCCGUGGCGCGAUCAUUUAUGGCGGACUCUUGGUCUCGAAUGCUUUUGGAAGCUUGAUCGCAGCAGGGAUUCUGAGCGGCAUGCAGGGAAAAAUGGGAAUUGCAGCGUGGCGAUGGCUGUUCUACAUCGAGGGCGCGAUCACCGUCUGUAUCGGCCUUCUUGCCAUGUUGCUCCUACCAGAUUAUCCCCACAACACUCGCUGGCUCACGCCAGCUCAACGUCGAUUGGCUCAGGUAAGACUCGCGGAGGAUGCUGGGGAGGCAGACGAAGACGGAGCACAUGAGACUGCUUUCACCGGCUUUCUCCUGGCGAUCAAGGAUCCGAAAGUGCCCAUCUUCAUGGUCAUGUGUUGCUCACAGCUGCUCGGUCUAAGCUUCGUCAACUUCUUCCCGACUAUCGUCGACACCAUGGGAUAUUCAACAACGAUAACAUUACUUCUCUGCGUCCCACCGUGGAUUCUUGCCACUAUUACGUGCGCUGCGAAUGCCUGGCAUGCAGACCGAACAGGAGAGCGUUUCUUCCACCAUUGUGUCCCGUGGUGGGGUGUCAUAGUCGGUUACAUCAUCGGAGUAACGACUAUGACCACCGCCGGACGAUACAUUGCGAUUUUCCUCAUGGCUUCUGGCUACGCAGGCUUCGCGCUUACCGCGGUGUGGGUUUCGAACGCGAUCCCGCGGCCUCCCGCAAAGCGUUCCGCCGCUAUCGGACUCGUAAACGGGUUCGGGAACAUAGGGAAUUUAAUCGGCUCCUUUACUUGGGAAGCUCAGUAUAGCCCGCAAUACCACCAGUCGAUGUAUAUCGGCAUCGCGGCGCUCGGUUUCGCUACCCUGCUCUCCUUCGUCAUCCGCUGUAUGCUAAUUCAACAAAACAAGCAGCUGAACAAUGAAGAGGCGGAGGCACUCAAGAACCCGGAUCACCGCCAGCGUAUUGAAGACGCGGCGCGACUCGAGGGCCUCACCUUUGAGGAGGCCGUUCAGCGUAAGAAAGGCAUCCGGUACCUGUAUUGAGUACUGUGUUCGAGGCCGUGGAUCGUCGUGGGCGUGCAUGUCGCUGUGUCGUUUGUAUGAGUCAGGGUUGCUGUAGGAGUGUACGUGUCUGUAAGAUAGGAUGUGUAUGUGUAUGUACUACAGUCUCGGCGAAAGUCGAUGUGUACGAGUGAUGUGCCCUCAGUGUGUCAGGCCUGCAUCACUUCUCGUA